CUUACUUUUACUAGUAUUGUCUUUGUGUUUUAUACAAUUUAUGUAGAAUCUAGCUAUACAAGCAUUUCCUCGUAAGUGAAAUGUUGUUUUUAGGUCUUUAAGAAAUCUGAAACAUUCUCAAAGGUUAUUAAGGUCUUCAUUUAUUAAGGACUCUAUUUAAGGAUAACUUGAAGGAAAGUUGAAUUUGUGUCGUUAACGAAGAGUUAGUUAUUUUAUCAAACGUAGCGGUGUAAAGAAGUUGUUGAAGAGUUAGAAGAAUAAAAAGAAGCAAUCUAUGCUGCCGGCGAAGACCGAGGUCACGUUUUCCACUUUCAUCGACUUCCGUUUCCACGGACCUUCAGAAGUUGCUCUUGUUCUUCAGUGUGGGGAGCGCUUAACAGUGACAAGGUCGACAAACGUGUACAAGUAGAAGAAACGUUCUCCGUAGUGUUGUGUAUGGUCGAUCGAGCGGCUUUCACUUUUGCUACAACUGUUUGCGUUACGAGAGAAAACGAAUGAGGAUGGCUCUGAACAUUUUUACCUUACUCAUGAAUUUGCUCGUUUUAAUUUGUCUGGCCGCGAACACGCGUGCUUACGACCCAAACGACAAAUCGCUGAAGGACAUUCUACUUCCUGAGGGACAAUUCGAAGCGUUUUAUCUGAAGGGAUCGCAGGAGGAGGAACAAAAUGCGGUCAGACCACCGCAUCUUCAUGGAUCGUUUCACCAGUACAAGAAUCCCGCUCUUGUUGGAGCGCCCAACAGUGCUGCAUACGGUUUCCGUUUCGAUGGAAAGCGUCGUUUCAAUUACAAUUAAACUAUAAUGGGUUCUUUGAAGUCUAAUCGAUUCGCAAUAUCUCCUAUUAUAGAUUUAGAAACGUCUAACAAGUGAAAUGUAUUACAUAUAAGUAUAUGUAUGUUAACAUGGUUCUAUUUGUUAAGUAUCUUUCGGUGGUCAAACUAUAAAAAUUCUUUGAAACUAAGCAAAAUAGCAGAGGGAAUUGUAAAAUUAUAAUUGGAAAAGUUAAAGGUUUCAAUUUUGUAAGUCUUUGGAUGGUUAAAGUUGUACAACCCCUAAAUUUUUAUGGGGGUUCUUUUUUUGAAAGACCGCCAAAUUUAAAAACAGUAUUGUACUAUCUAGCGGUAAGAUGGACUAACUUUAUAAGUGGAUGAUUUCUACAGUAUUAUUUUUGGGUUUUUUGUCUUUUAGUAUCUAUAUCGAUGCAAGCUGUAAUACAAAUAAAAAUUGACUGUACUUUGUA